ACGCAGAAGACAUUUUAGUAGUCAGUAUUUUGACAUUUAAAUGUGAUAACAAUAAAAAAUACACGUGCGUUUGACGUUUAGUUGCGAUAUCAACAAAAAAUACAUCAUUUGGAAUCAUUUCAUUGCUCUAUUUUAUUUUGAUUACUUUAAUAUUUAUAAAAUUCAUAAAUAUUUAAUUUAUAAUUCUUAUAAAAAUGGAAGACAUAGAUGCACCUGCAGAACCGUCUAUUGACUUUAUUCCGGCGUUAUGUUUUGUAAAAAGAGGUGUAGCAAAAGAAAAGCCGGAAAAGGUUGUGUUAACACCUGCUGAAUUGGCCAGAGUAAUUUCUGAAACAAAGGAAGAGUUAGGAGAUAACAGUGAUGACGAUGAUGAAAAUGCAAAUGACGAUGAUGGAAAUAACGAUGUGGAGAUGGAAGGAGCAGAUAAUGAGAAUGUUAAUCCUGAGGAUGAAUUUUCUUUUGGACGAUAUGAUGAUGAACCCACGACACAAGUGGCAAGUGUGAGAGAUAUUGCUAUUGUUAAUGAAAACGAACAAAUUGAAGACGAGGAAGAUUCAGAGGCUGAGGAUGAAAUUAUUAAGCCAACAGAUAAUUUAAUAUUAGUUGGACAUGUUCAAGAUGAUGCGGCCUCAUUAGAAGUAUGGGUGUUUAAUGCCGAAGAAGAAAGUUUUUAUACCUUACAUGAUUUUCUAUUACCAAGUUUUCCUUUGUGUAUAGAAUGGUUGAACCAUGAUCCUGCUUCUGAAAGUAACGGAAAUUUGUGCGCGAUUGGUUGCAUGGAUCCAAUAGUUACAAUAUGGGAUUUAGAUAUUCAGGAUUCGAUAGAGCCCGUAUUUAAACUAGGAAGUAAAGGGAAUCGAAAGAAAAAUAAAGAAAAAUUUGGUCAUACAGAUGCUGUUUUAGAUUUGUCAUGGAAUACGAAUUACACACAUAUUUUAGCUAGCGCUUCUGUUGAUAAAUCUGUAAUUUUAUGGGACUUAGAUGAGGGAAAACCGCACACAACUAUUAAGGCUUUUAAAGACAAAGUGCAAACUAUUUCAUUUCAUUCGUCUGAACCACAAACGCUAUUAAGCGGUUCCUCUGAUGGUGUGGUUAGAUUAUUUGACGGAAGAGAUUUAGAAAAUAUAAACACAAAUUUUUUAAAAUGGAAAACUGAUGCAGAAGUUGAAAAAGUUGUAUGGAAUCCCAAUGAUGGAAAUUUAUUUGUAGCUGGAACAAAUACAGGGAAAUUAUAUUAUGCAGAUGUAAGACAACCCAAAAAUUAUUUAUGGAAUAUCGAUGCACAUCCUGAUGAAAUUUCAGGAAUAUGUUUUAAUACCGAAAUAAAAAGUAUGUUAGUUACAUCUGGAGCUGAUGGUUCCUUAAAAAUUUGGAAAUAUGGGCAAACAGAAGCAAAAGAAAUAUAUAGGCAUGAUUUUCAAAUAGGAAGAAUACAAUGUUUGCAACAAUGUCCGGAAGAUUCCUUUACUUUUGCAAUAGGUGGUGAGAAAAAUCCUAGAUUAAAAGUAUACAAUGUGAAGAAUUUCGAAGCAGUUCGAGUUUGCUUUGGAGUUGGUAAUAGCACGGAUGAAAUGGAAUAAUAGUCAUAUAAAAAAAUCGUUUUGUAAAACAAUAAAGUCGUCAAAAUUUAAGUUUUGAAACAGUUCAGUUAAAAAUGUUGUAUUUUAAAGCUUUAAUAUAAUAUAAUUAAAGUAAUAA